GUGGAAGUGGGACAAAAUUUGUUUUUGCAAAGAGAAGAAGGAGAGAAAAGAGCAGCUGUUUUUUAGUGUCUAACAUGUCCUUCAGCGCGCUGAUGCUGCUUCUCUGUCUCUCCCAAACAGGGCAGGCUGAAGUUCGGGUUCAGCAACGGACAGAUGACAGUGUGAUCGCACCGCAGCAUGUCGACUCAGCUGCCGGUGACGGACCCCAGGGAUCAUCCUCGGGCCACACCAGGAUGAGCAGGGCAGUUCUGGGUGGCAAAAUAACAAUCACCACGCUGCCAGACAACACGACCCGAGUGGUGGAGAACUUUGCCAAGUACUACACGUGGCAAAGCUUUGGGCCUAUGGAUCAGCGUACAAAGGACCACUGGGUCGACAUGAGUGAUGUCCGGCACGGCCAAGUUAGAGUCCAUGGCAUUCUGUCAAACACAUAUAAACAGGCUGUGAAGGUUGCCCUGUCUUUUGAUUUUCCCUUCUACGGUCAUUACCUGAGGCAGAUUACCAUAGCAACAGGAGGAUUUAUCUUCACAGGGGACAUCACUCACCGCAUGAUGACCACGACUCAGUACAUCGCCCCUCUGAUGGCGAACUUUGACCCCAGCCACUCUAAAGAAUCCACUGUACAAUACCUGGAUAACGGAGAAGUGUUUGUGGUCCAGUGGGAGCGGGUCAGACUCCUCGGGAGGGAAUCAGAGGGCGCGUUCACUUUUCAGGCUGCACUUCAUAAAACGGGGAGCAUCACUUUCAGCUACCGGGAUAUACCUCUGUCAUUAGAUGCAAUUGGAUCAGCUGAGCAUCCAGUGAAGGCCGGUUUGUCUGAUGCCUUUAUCGUCACGCCACCUUCUUCUGACUCACCAGACGAGCAUCAGACAACAAUCUACGAGUACCAUCGAGUUGAGGUGGACAUGACAAAAAUCACCAGUCAUUCUGCAGUUGAGUUCACACCAUUGCCGACCUGCCUUCAGCAUGACAGCUGUGAUCUUUGCCUCUCGUCCAACCAAACCUCCGGCUGCAGUUGGUGUAAUGUUCUCCAGAGAUGUUCAGAUGGCAUGGAUCGACACAGACAGGAAUGGCUGGAUUAUGGCUGUUCAGGAGAGUAUGGGCAGAGCAAUUAUGCAACCUGUGAAGAUUACUUCAGGAAUGAAAGCAUCUUUGAGUCUUCUGUUACACCUGAAACCGAGGAAAUUACAUUUUUAACUCCUCAACAAAAAGGCUGUGAAAAUGUCAAUACAGAUUCUUCAAACAAAAAGAAAGGAUUCACCACCCCAGGAGUGAUAGCUGGUGUGGUAGCUGCUCUGGUGUUACUUUUGGCACUGACACUUGUUGCUCUUUACAUCCAAUGCCAUCCCACUGUUACAUCACCACAUUUCUUCAUCCAGAGGCGCAAGAGCUACUGGCCCUCCCUGAAGUUUCAACAGCAGCAGCCUGGUUACACAGAGGUGGAGGGAGACGGACACGAAAAAUACAGCAUUGUUGAAGCUGGACCAUGCUGAAAUCAGUAAACUUGUAUUCAAACAUAUAAUAUGUGAAAGAAAACACACUCUAAAAUUAAGUUUUGCUUUGCUUGAUUUAAGUUAAACUAUUUGUUGUGUAAUUUUUAAAUAAAUGACAUUGAUGAAAAGUGUUUGAUUAUUUUGAACUUAAGUCGAACUGUCCAACAAACUUUUUGAUUGUUAUUAUCUCUUCUGACAAUAUAAGAAAAGUACAUGAGUUGUGCUCUUUUAUAUCAAACAAAUAAAAAUGUGGAUGCGAUAGA